AUGUCGGACUACUACUGGCAGCAAUCACUCCCAACGCCACUGCAGAUCGAUUACAUCAAGCAGAUCAUAUACAAGUUGGAAUAUGUAGAUCCCGAGCAGACCAUGGUGAAGGUCACGUCUACGAAUCUCUACCUGAAGAUCACUGAGGACCGUGUAUUGCUCCCCGGGCACUAUUUCGAGUUCAUACAAUUGUUUUUCUGGAGGUAUUACCUCCUGAUGCGAUUACAUCUGCAUUUCCAAAAGGCUCAGAGCAAACUGUAUGCGAAUUUCCGCCCCACCCUCCUCAGAAACAUCGUCCAUCUGGACAACAUCAUCGAAGCCCUCAUCCGCCCAAGCAUCGGUAUGAAAGAAGAAGAUAUUCCAACACAUCGCUGUCCCAGCUUCGAGGAAUUCCUGGUGACGGAAUACCUCAUCGGCCGGCAUGAUCCCGAGUCGGUAAACAAUUUCAGGGCACAUUGCCCGACCAAUCUUGAGAGAUUGGUAGAACCCAUUGAAAUGGACUGGGAUCGUUAUGCUGAUCGGUUGCCAGAAUGUUUCUUUGGGGGGGAAUACCAUUGGGAGGUAGAUUCGGUUCCUGAUGAAGACCUUCCGAAGAUGUGGGAAGAAGUGGUCGAAUGGUAUUCACAAGAACUGGACCCACAUUGGAUAUCUCAGUGGGUGGUAUGGGAUGAGGGGCCUGGUUUCAAUGAUGAAGAAAAGGGUACAGAUGAUGGGGGAUCGGAUGGGGACAUAGAUCAACAGAACAUGAGCGAUGUGGACCAGGACAUGGAGCAUGGAGAUGAUACGAAUGCUGAGAUCGGUGGGAGAGAGGAUCAUGGAGGGGAAGGGGGCAAUGGGGGGAGUGGACGCGAUGAGAAUGAAGAAGAGGGCAGCGAGGGCAGCACCGAUAUGGGGAAAAAUGAUGGAGGUGGGGAACAGGACUCCGACCUGGCUGUGACACGGAAGCGGCAGUUGUCAGAGGGCAGCGACGAAGAAGAGGGUGGCCAACGGAAAAGACCAUCUCCAAACCCUCCUGCUGCACGUCCCGACAGGGAAGGCGACCAGCCUAUAGGGUUUAGUCAGCACUUGCUACGGAUGAUUGGUCGACCUCCCCCCCCCCAUUGGUCUCCGCCGCUAGAUUCAGACAUGAUUGAAUCACCAGUCGACUUCCCGUUGGAAUCGUAUUCUCAAGGUGCUAGCAUUGUAAAUGAGGGCCUAGAUCCCACACCAUUUCCAGUGGCUGCGGGGGAUGAUGAAAUGGCUACCCAUGGUGACAUUCCGCCUGUAGCAGAUGAUCCACCUGCGAACCAGCGAUCUGGGAGGGAGCGUGGAGGGAGGCAGAAAGGAAAGGGGGUGGCGACGACGAAGGAAUUCAUUACCACACAGCUCCUGCAAAGCCAGAAAUCCUCAGGCACCCCUCAAUCGGAGCUUGCUUAUGAUUUCGAUAUGAUCAACGUGACAGUCAGUCCAAGGAAGCGCACCAUCGCCAGAACACUGCCUGAAGGAAUGCAGGAGGUUGCUCCGACGCCUGGUCCAUCUAAGAUUAACCAACCACUCACGUCGACCAAUACACAAACUCAAAUGACACUCGAUAGCGAGGAGGUAGCUACAUUCCUGAAAACGAUUCCUGGCGUUGUCCGAUCAUUAGCCAAAGGUUGCAAGGACAGAGAGGAUGGUAUCAACGAACAGUUCAAGCAAUUUUUCUUGAAUUUGAGAGCGAUCAGCAAGGUGCAUGGACAGAAGGUCUCUGAUGUUUUUUCACAUCUCAAAGCCACCAAUGAAAUGCAUCGGAUGCUCAUGGCAGAUGCAGCAUACUUGGGUUUGCAUCUGCAGAAGAUGGAAAGAACGAAGGACACGGUCAUCGACAUCAAUGUCAAGAAGGGGUACUUGAUACUUGCAAAUCAAUCUGGCUUGGGGAUGAAAAAGAAUGCUUAG